UAAACGAGAAAUAUAGUGGCUGACACAAAAUAUAUACAGACGGAUCUAAAGACAUAAAUAGUACAGGGGCCGCAUACCAUGAUCCUAAAAAUAAUGUAAAUAGUACAUAUAAGAUAGCGUCAGAGAUAUGUAUUAUGUCAGCGGAACUAUUUGCAACUUCAGAAGCCAUGUCUUAUUCGUUUAACUUAAAACUUAAAAAUGUCGUGAUAUUUACGGACAGCAAAAGCGCGUUGCAGCACAUAGCUCGCUGCGCCUCUGGACACAGAGGCACAAUGUUAGCUUACACUGUGUUGCAUAAAUUAAGUAUGAUACCCACUGGCAUGACAUUGAAAUUGCAAUGGAUCCCCUCACAUAUAGGGUUAAGAGGUAAUGAGGAUGCCGAUGCCCUAGCAAAAGACGCAUGCACAAAAGAACACUUUGGUGAACGUAGCAAAGAAAAGGGCAUGUGGUACAAGACGAUGCAAUCGGAACCUCCUCAUUUACCUUGGUUUACUAACAGUAAUUUAAGUAGACAGUUAAUUAAGAUAGGCUUAAGAUUGCGUUCCGGGCAUAUCCCGUCAAAAAAAUUUGCUUACUUGAUGAAAGCAAAAGAACCAUCACCAAAUUGCCAAGUGUGCGGUUCCGUUGAAGAUGUACAACAUAUUUUGACGGAAUGUGCACGGAAUGAAAGCGAUAGACAAUCGUUACUACCUACCCUCAAGGUAAAUAGAAUAGAUGUAGGUGCUUUUCAGAGCAUCUUAGCUGUACCGACCUCAGAAGAGGCUAAAAAUAAUUUUUUAUUUUUUAUGUGCACCAAGCUAACAGCAGAAAUGAUAUACAGCGUUGAGUUUAUGAACACGUCGUUGUAUGGAGACUAA